AAAAGAAGAAAAAAAAAGAGAGGGUUCUGGGCCUCCCAGGCGAACCCAGGCAGCCGGCGUCUUGGUGGUUCCGCGAGGCUGUCUUCCGAGACCUGUGGGGCCCAGGCGCCCAGGGUUCACACCACAUUCCAGGAGCUACCGACGAGGAGUAGUGGCCGGGAGACCUGCGGGCCGGGACCAUGGGCUGCUUCUUUUCCAAGAGGCGGAAGGCUGAGAAAGAGUCGCAGCCCGAGGGCGAGGAGGAGCGGCCGAAGCAGUACAGCUGGGACCAGCGCGAGAAGGUUGAUCCAAAAGACUACAUGUUCAAUGGACUCAAGGGUGAAACAGUAGGUCGCUUACCUGGGAAGGUGGCAGGACAACAGUUUCUCAUUCAAGACUGUGAGAACUGCAACAUCUAUAUUUUUGAUCACUCUGCUACGGUUACUAUUGAUGACUGUACUAACUGCAUCAUUUUUCUGGGACCCGUGAAAGGCAGUGUGUUUUUCCGGAAUUGCAGCGAUUGCAAGUGCGCACUAGCCUGCCAACAGUUUCGUGUGCGGGACUGUAGGAAGCUGGAAGUCUUUUUGUGCUGUGCCACUCAACCCAUUAUUGAGUCUUCCACAAAUAUCAAGUUUGGCUGUUUUCAAUGGUACUACCCAGAAUUAGCUUUCCAGUUCAAAGAUGCAGGGUUAAGUAUCUUCAAUAAUACCUGGAGCAACAUCCAUGAUUUUACAUCUGUGUCAGGAGAACUCAACUGGAGUCUUCUUCCAGAAGAUACUGUAGUUCAGGACCAUGUCCCUCUGCCUAGUACCGAAGAGCUCAAAGCUGUCCGUGUUUCCACAGAAGCCAAUAGAAGUAUCGUUCCCGUAUCCCGGGGUCAAAGACAGAAGAGCAGUGAUGAAUCAUGCCUAGUGGUAUUAUUUGCUGGUGAUUAUACUAUUGCAAAUGCCAGGAAACUAAUUGAUGAGAUGGUUGGUAAAGGCUUUUUCCUAGUGCAGACAAAGGAAGUGUCAAUGAAAGCUGAGGAUGCUCAAAGGGUUUUUCGGGAUAAAGCACCUGACUUCCUUCCUCUUGUGAACAAAGGUUCUGUUAUUGCCUUGGAGUUUAAUGGAGAUGGUGCUGUAGAAGGAUGUCAAAUUAUUGUCAAUGAGAUAUUCAACGGGACCAAGAUGUUUGUAUCAGAAAACAAGGAAACAGCAUCUGCAGAUGUAGACAGCUUCUACAACUUUGCUGAUAUACAGAUGGGAAUAUAAAAUGCACUGUGGAACCAAGGACUUGGUAUUAAGCCCUCUUCAAUUUGUGUAUUAGCAGUGACUUUUACUAAGGUUUUACUAAGGCUUUUAUUAAAGUUGAUUUCAAAUAAAUUGUUGAAUAUUGCAUCAUUUACUGGAGGUUCAAAAUAGUUAAUUUAAAAUAAAGUAGUUGUAAUCAGCUUUACAACUAUUUAACCCACUUCUAUAAGCUUACAGUUUUGAUUCCCUGCAUAUGAUACUAUUAUUAGAAAAUGGAAGUGGCUAACAGUUCAUGAUUGUAAUCCUAAUUAAACAUUCUUUCAAAUCUCUAAUAAGUUAAACUUUCCUCAGUGCUCCAUGAUAUUUGUUUGAGAAUACAUUCCAUUGCUUAUUUUAUUUUUUAAUGUAGAGGGGUUUGUUACAGUUGAUCAGUUAGAAUGAACCUUUGUGCAUUUUUUCAUGUAUACAUAUCCAGUUAAAGAAUUGCUUCCUAGUUGCAUAAUAUGGCAAAUGAGAUUUUGUACACAGAGUUGACAUAAUACUUUGUAAAUUGAAUUUUUUAAAUUAGUAGGCAUUUGAUCACCAGUUUUGCAAGUAACUCUACUAACUGAUGUUGGUAUAGCUGUUUAAAGACUACUUUGUGAGUAGUAUGAUUAUUUGAGUAAUUUCCACCCUGUUUAGUUUUUUAAUACAACUGCUAGCUGACUCUUUUGCUUCCUAGUAAGAAAAGGUAUAUGCAACACUAAAAUUGUAAGGAGCCCAAUGACCAGCAGUUUUCUAAAAAGUGAUUUCUGUUUUUAUCAGCCUGUGUGGGCUAUUAGGAGAAUUAGAACAAAACCUUGUGAUAUUUAGGUAAGAAAUACUUAGGCAUGAUGAUAAGCUAUGCAAAUUUAAAAGCUACAUAAAUUUGAUUUUUAUUAGAUAUGCCACGCAUAUCAAGUAAUGUUCAACCAUGAUAAAAUUAUUUUGGUUGUUUUAAAGCAUUAGUUUCCAAAUCAAUCUACCAUAAUAAUUCACCGGGAGGCAGGGGACAGCUACUUGUUUAAAAGUCCACGUUCUUGGACCCAAUUCCCAGAUGCAGUCUCCAGGGAAAUCUCUGUUCUAAAGGAUUUGUUGUAAUUGGAAGUAAUCAGUUCAGAAGAUGUGGAGAGGUUGAUCUGGUGAGUAGCGACUGAACCUACCAUCUAUAGUACAUUGCAUGUAGCAGCUAAAAGGAAAUUAGUUUUCAUAGUCUAUUUUUUAAAAGAACAUUCAAUUUAAUUCUAUUUUGGUAAAACUGUUGGGUUGUCAGAAAAGUCAUGACACAUUUUUGCAAGGAAAAACAGAAAAAAUACGUCAUGACUUUUCCGACAACCCAGUAAGACUGAAAAUAGCUACUUGUAAAAAAGUCCUCUUAUGAUUGUUACUAAAACUAUAUUUUCAAGUUUAAACUGUUUUUUGGAUAUUUUCAGAUUAAUUAAUAACUACUACAUUGAAUUGUAUUGAUGUCCAGAAAUAAUACAUUAAAAGACUUUUCACGUUAAAUUAAUAAUAUUGACCACUUACCCUGUGCCUGGCUUUGUGCUAACCAUUAGCAUUGCAUCAUUUCAAUCUUUUUAUAAGAACAUUCUAUACUACAUAAUCAACCUCUCCUUUAAAUCAAAAUGAUUUCAUAACAUGCAAAUAAAAAUUGGUGACAGGUUUAAUAUAAUUUUGAUCAUAAUUUACAAAUAAGCUUUGCAAAUAGUGAUCACAGGGCAUUAAAUUUUCCCAUGGUUAAGCUAAAUUAAAUACGUUCCUUGUAGUCAUGAUUACAUUAUUAAACCCCAUUAUUCACAGUUAAAAUAAUCACAGUACUUUUUGUUUUUCAAAAAUAUAAUACAAUGUUAUGCAAAGCUGUAAAUUGAGUUCUUUAUUUUAUCUAUGGUAUUUUUGCAAAAACUCAGGAAUAUAACAUAUAAGGGAGCUGUUAUUAUAAAAUUUUCCACUAAAUUUAGUAUCUAUUAACCAAAGCCUAAAAUUUUAUAUUCUUCAGUUAGAUAAGAGCUUGUACCCAAGUCUAAUUUGUCUUUACGGACAGUCAUUUGUCUUCCCAAUGAUUGAAAAUAUUUUUAAAAAUAAGUAGUGCUAUGGUUCUUGUUUCUAUAAUUCUAAACUUUGAUAGCACUUAUAGUAUACUACAUUUCAUUUCUGAGUAGCUUUUGAAUUCAUGAAAAAUUAGUAAUUUUAUUAAGUUAUACAUGUGUAGACAUUAUAUUAGCUUAUUUCUCUUAUAUUGAUAGUACUGCUUUUGUUUUUAGUACUGUUUUUGCUUUUGUAUAUUUAUGUCCAGCUUUUGUAUGUAAUUUAUCUAGUGUUUAUAAAAUGUGAUUUGUAAUAAAUGUUAAAAUGAAAA